AUGGCCGCCCAGAAAAUCUGCAUCCCUGAACUUUUGGAGAUGAUUCUUCUACAGCUGGACAUGCGCAGUUUGCUCGUAUCUGCUCAAAGGGUCUGUCGUGCAUGGCACACCCUCAUCAAAGACUCCAGCUCUCUCCAGACCUUAUUGUUCUUCAAACCAGCGACCAAUGCGUUCCCGACCGAGCCAAGGGCAAGGGAUAUGGUCGAGGAUAACCCACUGCUUUCCUAUAUAUGGCACGAAUUCUGGCGAAAGAAAGCGUCCAAUCUCUAUUUUCCUCAACUUGAUUCACAUAUAGAGAAAGUGUUCCUCCGAGAAGAAGCAAGCUGGAGACAAAUGCUACUCCGGCAGCCGCCAGUUUCGUUAAUGGGAGUUUUUGAAUACGAGAAGUCUUACAGGGCUCCACGAGGCUCAGCGUGUUGGUUCAAGGAGGAAGACAAGUUUACGAGGUUGGAGUAUCUAUACUCGGAGAUCUCGAGGCUAUCCCUAAUUCCUGGGCGAGAUCUUCGCUCGUUUUAUGAGCGCGACCUCAUUGAUCUGUACGAAAAAAGAUUGGGGUAUAUGCGUGCACGCGUAACUUCCUGUCAUCUGCCAUCCUGCGCAUUUGUGAUAUAUUGUCAUGAAAUCCUGGGAGUAACUGGAGAGCCUUAUGGUCACGGGCCUUUAAAUAGUGACCUAGAGCUAUGGCUAGGAAACGAGCUUGGAGUUUAUGUUGCCUAG